AUGGUGCGUUUCUUUCUUAUGAUCAUGGCCAAUCUCCAGGGCGUCACUAACCUUGAGCCCCAAGGUGGCUUCAAGGACCCCGACUUUACCUAUCUCUUCAAGUUGAAAUGUGAGGGCUGUGGAGAGCUGACCGAGAAAGAAGCUGCUGUGAGAUUGAGCCUGAGCAAACGCAAGGGUGCCCCUGAUCUUGUGCGGAAGUGCAAGUUCUGUGAGAGGGAAGGGAGUGUGACAAUGAUGCCAGAAUGUUGUAAACCACUGACCAAGGAAGGGGUUUUUCACCCCUUGAUGAUGUUCGACUGCAAGGGCUAUGAGCCUGUGGAUUUCGUUUUCGGUGGUAGGUGGAAGGUUGAAUCUGUGGCAGGGAAAACUUACGACAACGUUAACUUGUCGAAAGGGGAAUUCGCUGAAUACGAUGAGAGUGGAGAGCUUCUGGUUAGGAUUUCCAGUCUCCAUUCUAGUUUUAAUGUUUGGAAUCUUUGA